GCCAGAUGCCGCAGCGCGCCCCGGCGCGAGGCGCCCUGCCUGCCGAGGCGGGCGGCCCGCCGGCCCCGUCGGGCCCAGGCCCAGCGGCGCGCGGUCCCGCCAGUGGGCGAAGAGGGCUGUAUUCCCCAAGAUCAAUCAGACCAUCAUCGCAGCCGCAGAACACGAUCUACCCACCACGAUCGCGGUCGUCGAGCCCGUGAUCCCGCAGAUGAACCUGGUGAACAUCUCCACGGCGCUGCACAGACUGGCCCGGCUGUCCAGCAGCAGCCCAGAGUCGCUGCAGCUGCUCCGCGAGCACCCCGUGGUGCCCGCGCUGCUGGCCGCGGCGGCCACGGCUCUGGACAGGGCGCGGGAGACCGGCGCAGCGCCGAAGACCCAGGCCCUGAGCAACGUCACCUGGGCCAUGGCGACCAUGCAGACCCUCGACCUCCACCUCUUGACCAGGGUGGUCAGGCUGUCCGAGGAGGUGCUGUCUUUCUUCAAGGCCUUCGAGCUCUCCGGCCUGCUGUGGGGACUCGCGACGUUGGGAAGCAUCGAGCCCGAGGUGCUGAGAGUGGCGGCGCCCAUCUUCGACCGCGCUGCGGGCCAGGUGUCAGGGGAGUUCAGCUUCAGGUGCCUGGUGAUGACGUCCUGGGCCUUCGCCACGGCGGGGCGGGCAAACGCGGGCCUCUUCCAGGACGGCGCCUCGGCGACCUGAUGCUUCCGGGCCUGCGGACGGCCAGCGAGGCCGAGCUGCAGAACAUCUCCUGGGCCUUCGAGGCCGCCGGCGCGCACCACGGCGCGGUGCUGUCCGAGGUGCGGCGGAGGCUUGGCAGUGGCGGCGUGGGCGCCGCAGACGGCUGCGGCGCCACCGCGCCCCGGGCCUCCCAGCGGGGGGCCGCCCGGGCUCGCGGGCGCCCCGCCGAUCGAGGACAUGCCCGACCUGACGCUGGUCUCAGCGUCUUGCCCACGGCCCAGGCCCCCGCCACAGCCGCCCCAGGGAGCGCGCCCGCGAGGGGCCUGGUCCUCCGACGGCUUGAGGUGGCGGAGGACCACUUCGCGUGCCCCGAGGACGCUGCCGCGACAGCGCAGCUCCGCUCGUGCGCCGAGGCCGCCGCGGCCGUGGCGGCGCUGGAGCCCGCGGCGGGCGGCCGUGGUCAGCAGGCUGCUGGACAGGGCUGGGUGUGCACUGUCAAGAACACCUUCGUCGACGUCAGCGACGACGGUACCUCCAGCGACGAGUCGGAGGAUGAGGCGCCGCUGGGACCGUCGCUGGAGUGCAUCCCGCAGGGCGUCAUCGACCCCGACGAGCUCACGGCCUACCGCACGUCCUACCAGAAGUUCCGCUCAGGGAAGUGCCGCGGCGCCAAGGGGGAGGUGUCGCACCUGGGGGCGAGGGCCUGA